GGAAGUUCAUUUCCCCCACGUAUGAAGCGCCACAAUCCGCACAAGGAAUAGAAUUAAUGACUCCUUGCGCUUUUUCUUGGGCGGUCUGUCUUUUGGGCGCGGGAAGAAGCGGCUGAGUGUGGAAGUUGGCCUGUGCGCUACUUUUAUGCCCUGCUCCGACAAACGACAUGACAUGAUGUCAUGGUCACUCUACGUAAUGGGAAGUUGAUAACUAAUCUUUACAGGAAACCCACGGAUAGGCAGCGAUAUCUUUACUUCAGUAGUAGUCACGUGAAGCACAAUAAAACUAGUAUUCCCUGCAGCCAAGCAGUCCGAUAUAAAAGAAAAUGCUCUGAUAGCAGCGAAUUUUCCCGCAACUGCGAACAGCUUCGGAGCGCGCUCGAAAAACAGAGCUAUCCGUCCAGCAUAAUCACAGACGCCAUCAAACGCGCAGAAGAGCUCGAUCGUUCAGAUCUGCUGAGUACUAACAAAAGAUCCAAAGAUAGAUCGCGGACUAACCUAAUUUUGACACAUGCGGCCUCAUCUCCAAAUGUCAACCAUAUUUUAAAGAAACAUUUCAACAUUUUAAUACAGAGCGAGCGGCUCAAAGGAAUGUUUACGGAACAACCACGCGUGGUUUACCGACGAUCGCGGAACCUUCGUGAUUUACUAACCUCAUCUAAAACCACGUGUUUACGUCAUGAAGGCUGUCAUCCCUGCAACAAACCACGUUGCAAAGUGUGCGCGCACAUGACGACAUCUAAAACGGUUUCAAGCAGCUCAUCCAGCUUUUCAUUAAAAAUAAAUGGUCACUACACAUGUGACAGUACCAACGUCGUCUAUCUUCUCGAGUGUUCAACAUGUAAAGUUCAAUACAUAGGUCAAACAGAGACAAGUUUCAGAAUUCGUUUUAAUAAUCAUCGUGCACACGCCGUAAGCCUCCCCAAUCUACCACUGUCGAAGCACGUCAGUACGCCUGGCCACGGUUUCGACAAAAUUAGGGCCACCAUUAUUCAGUCCGGUUUCAAGACAAAUCACGAUAGGGAAGAGAGGGAAUCCUUCUUAAUCCACAAAUUUAACACCAUUCGUUCAGGCAUCAAUGAAAACGUAGGAAAGCUCACCUGUCUCGCACUAUAACAAAACGGCUUCUUAGAUUGGUAAAAUGUUUUA